AUGGGGGUGGGCGAUUACGUCCACUCCAGGGAAGCUGGGCAGCCUCGUGCACCGGGCAACCUACCUCCGUCUCAGCGCCAACUACGGGCUGAGCAAGCCAAAGUGGAGGUGCCCAACAACUACUUCAACGAACCCGUUGCAAAUGGUCGUGGCAUGCCACGAAUGUUUCAAGCUUCUCCCGUGCCCUCAGACCAAUCUCGUGAUCUUCCUGAAAACAUACCAACCCCUGCAAAUAGAGGGGGUGGCCGACGGGACACGUUUGAUACUGAUGUCGAGGCAAUUGAUGAUUCUACCAUUGCUGGGACCAGCGUGUUCAGUUUUGAUGACCGUCAAUCCCAGCCACCGUCAACCGUCAAUGCCGGUGGCGAGACCACAUCGCCUAGGCCUUCCUACCUGCCCCGGCCCACACGCCGUUCUGGGAGGUCAUCCUUCUACGGCGGCCUUGGAGAGAAGGCAUUGAAAAAGGCCGGAUUUGAUACCUCUGAUGAUGGUGAGGACACAGCGAGUCAACUGACUUCGUCUACCGGGGGAGAUGACGAGAUGACAGACGUGACUCAAGAGCCAACCAAGCCAGCAGCGCCCGAAGAACCGAUGACCUCUAAUGAACCCAGAGAAUCAAGCGGCUGGUACUUACCCCAUAAGAAUCGAUCCGGGGAAGAGCCUCUGAGCAAGCGCUUGGAGACUUUCUGGUCAGCGAGCAAAAGGGCAUCGCAGUCCAUUGAUCAAGCUCACGCAGAAGCUCGUCCAUCGGCUACUAUGGAUACCGUUCCUGAUGCUCAACCACGCAAAUUGGGCCACAUGCUUCCACCCCCUGGGGCCAGAAAGAUCACUCUCCCACACAGCAUAUCAGGGACCCCGCGAACACGCUUCAGUCCCCCCAAACCAUCUCUCCUCGAGCAACUCGAGAUAUCACCAACUCGACGUAGCUCCGAACGACAUGGUUCCGAGCCACCGCUUCAAGGUGGACGGAUGCUCGGCAUGACAUUUCAUUCAGCAGAGCACACCGACGACGAGAGUCACCACGAAAAUGGAAUUGACGAGACAAUUCGUAUAAGCAGCAGACGGCACAGCGGACACUCCGCCCAUCCUUUUGACAUAACCAAUAUGUCCGAUCUGGACCACGAGUAUGACGAAAUAACCCACGACCCAUUCCUCACCCACCAGUCCUCUACCAGACGUGGUCGUCGAAACACCGUCAUCAAGACAAAGAAACAUCAACUGGAAGCGGACUACCCACCACAAAUGCUCUACCAAAAAUCAUUCACCGACCUCCAGGCUGAACCCUUCGACAAAGCACCUACACCUAUACCCUCCCCUCCAGCAAAGUCGCCUUCCCUGCCCCCAAACACAGGUCCUAUAUCGAAUAAUCAUUCACCAGAUGAUACGGUAUUCCAACUCCUCAAACUCCCAGACCAGGAUCGACAGGCGUACCUCUCUCGCAUGUCCGUCGAGGAAUGGGAAGACUGUGGCGAUCAGCUGAUCGACCGGUUCAGCCAUCUUCUUACGGAGAUGAAAAAGCUGCGUCGUGCGCGUCGUCGUACAGCAGCAGUCUUUGAAGCCGAAGUCAAACGCCGUCAUGAACUUGUUGAGGCGCAGGACUCGGAACUGUCGACCAAGCUGAAUGAGAUGAGGACUGGAGGUGCUGAGGUCUUGAGGGGUCGAAACACCUGA